UCCAGGUGAGACGGUGUUUAUAAAGCAGCUGCCAGGCAGACACACACACAUUAAGAAACUCAGAUAACAGCUGAUAGGAUCAUACACACUUUCAGACUUUUUCAGCAGAGGAACACAACAUGAGAAUACUUUUACUCCUGGCUGCUAUCGCUGCAGCAUCACAGGCCCAGACGGACUGCUCUCGGGGGGCUUGUUACCCACCCCCCAAUGACCUGCUCCUGGGCAGAGCUGACCGGCUCUACGCCUCCUCCACCUGCGGCCUCACAGGCUCCGAGGUCUACUGCACCCCGUAUGAACAGAGGAGGAUGAAGUGCUGUCCCUGCGACUCCAGGAACCCAGACGGUCCACAGGCUCACACCCUGAAGGAUGUCCUUGCCACAUCGGGACAAGACAGAUGGUGGCAGUCCAAGAAAGAGGUGGAACCCGUCACUCUGGAGUUGGACCUCGACAACCUGUUUCAGCUCGACAACCUGGUGCUCAGUUUCAAGGGUCCUCGUCCCAGUGCCUUGGUCAUAGAGAGGACACAGGACAAGGGCAAAACUUGGCAGCCUACUCUGUUCUUGGCUAAAGACUGUCAGAAAUCUUUCCCCGGCAUCCCAACAGCAACUCCUGUUGACCUGGAUCAGACAUACUGCUACACACUGCCCCCUACUGAACACAACCCCUACCAAGAUCACACAAUCCAGUUCAGCCCUCUGCGUCAGUAUGCUUAUGUGCCAAUUCCCAACAGCCAAAAAAUUGAAGACGUGUCGGGGAUAACGGGGCUGAGGCUGAAGCUGCUGGAGCUCGGAGAGGUUCCUCGUCUGCCCGGCAGAGCUCUCAGUAAGUUCUUCGCCCUGAAGGACAUGAGGGUGAUGGGCAGCUGUAUGUGCCACGGACACGCCAACAGAUGCUUGCCACAAGCUUACAGCUACGGUAUCCAGGUGAAUCCUCAGUGUGACUGCCAGCACAACACAGCCGGUAUGAACUGCGAGCGUUGUGCUGAUCUCUACAACGAUCUGCCCUGGAGACAUGCGGAGGAGGACAACACUCACACAUGCCAACGCUGUGAGUGUAACAACCACGCCCAGCGCUGUCACUUCGACCAGGCCGUGUACGAGGCCAGCGGGCGGAGGAGCGGAGGUGUGUGCGAGGGGUGUCUGCACCACACGACGGGACCCAAGUGCGACCGGUGCGCUCCAGGAUACCAGCCGAACCCCCGCAGCCAAAUGGACCGUCCCGACGCCUGCACCCGUUGUAUCUGCAGUGCCGAGGGGUCGAUAAACGGGGGUCAGUGUGACCACAACUCCGAAUCCUGUCUGUGCAAAGCGAAUGUUGAAGGACCCCGCUGCGACCGCUGUAAGAGAGGAUACUACGGCCUGAGUGCAUCCGACCCUCUGGGCUGCUCCAAGUGUUCCUGCUCUGUAGACGGCUCGUUGUCCGAUGCUUGUGACCCGCUGACCGGACAGUGUCUCUGCCGUCCUCACUUCCACGGACGAACCUGUGAUGUCUGCUCGAAAGGCUACUGGAAACCAGCGCUGUCAGGACGCUGUGAGACCUGCGGCUGUGACCCGACCCGGUCCUAUGGUGACACCUGUGACCAGGUGACAGGUCAGUGUGAGUGCAGACCACGCUUUGGAGGCAGAACAUGCACCGGGUGUCCUGAUAACUCGUAUGGAAACCCUCUCUUCGGCUGUCAACUGUGCAAGUGCGAUCCUGAAGGAACCCUUCCAGGAAUGUGCGACAAGAAUACGGGGGCCUGUCUGUGUCGGCCGGGCGUCAUAGGAACUCGCUGUGACUCGUGCAGCAGAGGACGCUGUGACUCGUUCCCCUCCUGCGAGUCCUGUCCUUCCUGCUUCUUCACCCUGGACGCUCAGCGAAAGAACUUCAGCUCAGCUGUAGAGAAACUCUCUCCCGGUUUCCCCUUUCUUCCUGGAGUUCCUGCAGACUUGGGGCCUCGUAUCUACACCAUGGAGACCACUCUGAACCAGAUCAAGGACUCCUUAGUCCUGCCAACCAUCAGCACCGAACAGAUCGACGAUGCACUGGCUGAACUGGACAAGCUCAGGGAUCAGUUGGACAAGGUUGAUGCAGACCUUCCCCCCGUGACCAGAACUCCUGGUUUGGACUCAGAGCUGGACAAUCUUAAGGCUCUGCUUAACCGCCUCAGUGAGGAAUACAGAGACAAGAAAAAAGCCUUGGAGCUUUCCCCCGGUUCCGACAACUCAGGUGCAUUUACAGUGAUCAAGAACGCCUAUGACGAGUCUACAGACGCAGUGAAGAAAGCAGACGACACCAAACAGACGCUGCAGGAGUCGACUAACAACAGAGACGAGACCAAGGAUCUGUAUAACAAAGUGCAGCCGGCCAACACCAAAGACCUGGACAAACUGAACCAGAACAUGGCCUCCAAACCGGACCUCACUCCUGUAGCCAAACAGGUGUGUGGUAGUGUUCGCACGGAGCCUUGCACCCCGCUGAAGUGUGAGGGGGGAGACUUGUGCCCACCGGAGGGAUCACCGCCCUGCAAGAAGGGGGAGAAGUGUGUGGGCGCUCUGCCUCUGGGCAAGAAGGCCGACGUCGAUGCCGAAGACGUGAAAGACAAAUUGGACAAACUCACAGGGAAGAUCACUGAUGCUGCAGAGAAGCUCCAGGAUGCACAAGAGGCAACCAAUCAGGUGAGAGAUACGGCAGAGAAGCUAUCCGACAAGAUGAAAAAGACCCGAGACGAUCUGGAGGGAGACUUGCAGGAGACACGUGAUGUUGUGGAAGAGCUCAAAGAGUUUCUGUCAGACCCAGGUUCCAACCUGACCAACAUCAAGGAGGUGAGCGACUGGAUCCUGAAAACCAAACUUCCUCAAAAUCUGGCCGCUCUGAAUAGGAAGGCGGAUGAGCUGAAGAAUCUGGCGGACAAUCUGCCAGACAGUACGUCGGUGUUGAAGGACGCCGAGCCACUGCUUAAAAAAGCCAAGAAACUCCUGGAUGAUGCCAAGGAUGCCAGGGACACCGCACUGGGAGUGAAGGGAGACGUGGACUCGCUGGUGUCAGGCUUAGGCACAGUGGAGGGCUCCAUGACUGACCUGGAGGAAAAACUGCAGGAAAGCAUGGACAAGAUAGAAAACCUGACCAACACCCUGACCACGGCUAAUGAUGCGCUGACUCCAGCAGAGAAGACACUGGACGAUAUAACAACUGUAAUAACGCCGUUGAAACCUCAGCUGGAUGAGCUUAAAAAGCUGCUGGACAACGCAAGACCGAAGGCCAAAGAAGCCCAGGACAACGCAGACCAAGCUGUGGACGAAGCCGAUGAUGGAAUGGAGGACCUGUCGACGUUGGAGGAUCAGCUCGGCCGUCUUAAAGACAAGGCUCCAACCAGUCCUCUGCCCGGAGAUGUAGAGGAUCGACUGAAGAAACUGAAGGACGACGCCGGAGUUCUGGUAGACACAACAGACAACAUGAUGAACUCUCUGGAAGGUAAAGCAGAUACCCUGAGGACACUACAGGACGAGAUCCUCCAGAAGUCACUCAACCUUGAAGGACUCGACGCUAAGGUGAAAGAACUGUUGGCCGAUCUUCGACUUCAUGGCACUAACCAUAGAGAAUGCAAGGGCUGAGAGUUGCGCACCCCUUGCCCCCCCCACUGUCUGUCUAUGACCACAUUAUCAUUUCACACCAACCUUCAACCACAUCUACUGUUAGAAGAAGUGUUUUCUCUAGCACUAUGACUCUUCUCUGUCACAUUGCAACUCUUGUGUUGCAUUUGUUUCUAAAUUUGAAAAAUAGCAAACAAUCAUCAUGGACGGAAUAAGACAGUAGAAAGGUUCAAAGAGCUUUACAAAAUACUCCUCACCUUUGCAGUUUAACAUGUACAGAUUUCUUUGUAGAUUUUCAGACAAUAUUUAACCCCAAAGUGCAAAGUUUUUUUCCCUCAUGUAGCCUAAAUAAAUUCAAUGAAAAUCUAACUGUUAUCAUACUGUAUAUGUAACCAAGGUAGCCAUAUGACAACAUAAAUCUAUUCAAUUUUUUCCCCAUUUUCCUGAGGAAAGAAGAACAUUUUUGUUGUUUUCUCGACAUCUCAACUCUCUUAUCUCGAGAUAACAAAGCUGGUAUUCCCGUUAAUUUCUCAAAAUGUUUAGAAAGUUACUAGAAUUUUCUCAUUAUCAUGUGGAAACCAGCGUUGUCAUCCAAAGAUCUCAUGAAAAAACAACCUAAAUGUACUCGUUAUCAUUAAGAAAAAAUUGGAAUAAAAUCAAAUGUGUGGAUACUUGUCCUCUUAGAGCUUCCAUAUGUUGCGUUAUGAACCUUUAAAAAGUUACAGAAAACAUAGUCUAUGAUGGUGGUCCUAAACGAGAGUUACGUUUGUAACCACGGUUCUAUGAAUACAGUCGCUGGGGAAUCUUGGCGAGAAGACUCUGUAGGGCCAUGUUUCAUGAUGACGCAGGCUAUUUAAGCUACGUCAUGAGUCACCACAGGUCACAUGUGACUUUGUUGAUAUUAAAUACUCGACCUGUGCACAGACGAGACGGAUAUUAUCCAGUUUUUAGAGCUGCCUCUUGUGGUGAGGAAGAUGCAAAGAUGCAAAUAUCACGCUAAUGCAAAGAAACGAGAAAAGUCUUAUAUUCUGUAAACAUAGUUUUUUCCUUACUUAUCCCAAAUCAGAAAGUCUUAAAUUCCAUUGUUUCAAUUGCUUGAAAAAAGACCACCAAAGGCUUCGGACUCUGUAAUGGUUCCGCAAAAACUCGACACACACUCCACUGUGAAUGUUGCACCAGAUUAUGUUUAUUUGUCAGUAGUGCAGAGCGGCUGAAUGUUACAUUAUUUAUUUGUUUAUGUUGUUUGUGCAGAAUCCACAGUAUUUAAAUAAAAGUCCUGUCAAAA